AGCCAAGCUGCAGUUGAAAAUCCAUGAAACGGAAACGAAGACCCAGAAUUAUCAGAUUGCCAUAACCAUCACUGAAGCACGUCAGCUCGUUGGUGAGAAUAUAGAUCCGGUGGUGAUUAUAGAAAUUGGGGAUGAAAAGAAGCAGACUACAGUCAAAGAAGGAACCAACACACCAUUUUAUAAUGAAGUCAUCAGUUCUGUGACAAAUGGGCCGUUCUCACAAAUCCAGCUGAUAUUAAGACAGGAGUCAAGGGAUAUCUCAAAUGUGAUAUCAGUGUGACGGGAAAAGGAGACGCGAUCCAAGCAACUCAGAAAGGAAGUAAUGCCGAAGAGCAGAUAGAGAAAAAUCUCUUGAUUCCAAAGGGAUUUCCAUCAGAAAGACCUUGGGCUAGAUUUUAUGUGAGAAUCUACAAAGCUAAAGAGCUCCCAAAAAUGAACUCCAGCAUCAUGGCCAAUGUCACAAAAGCUUUUAUAGGCGAUACUAAGGAUCUGGUGGACCCAUUUGUGGUUGUCAUGUUUGCAGGUCAAAGGGGGCGAACCACAGUGCAAAAAAGCUGUGCGGAUCCUGUGUGGCAUGAACAGGUUGUCUUUAAAGAAAUGUUUCCCCCAUUGUGCCGGAGAGUCAAAAUCCAAGUAUGGGACGAAGGCAGCAUGAAUGAUGUGGCUUUGGCAACUCAUAUGAUAGAGCUGAAGAAGAUCUCAAAUGAACAGGAUGGCGAUAAAGGUUUCCUGCCUACUUUUGGGCCCGCUUGGAUCAAUCUUUAUGGGGCACCCAGAAACCACAGCUUGAUGGAUGACUAUCAGGAGCUCAACGAAGGUUACGGGGAAGGUGUCUCUUUUAGGGGACGUCUCCUAAUUGAGCUUGCAGUGGAAAUCCUCUCUGGUGGAGCUCAGGAAUCAAAGUUCUCAAAGAUGAUCAAGGAUGUGAAGCGGGGGUCACCAAAGGACAAAGAUUCUAAAAGUUCAAAAGGGACCGGAAAAGACAAAGGGGCAGAAGAUGGCAAGCCACCUUCCUCUCCAGAUAAAACAAAUUCAACAGAUGCGGAAGUGGAAGCUUUUGAUGUGCCCCCUGAGAUCCAUGAGGAACAACUUGAGGAGUUCCUUCUUUUUGGGGCAUUUUUUGAAGCAACAAUGAUUGAUCGGAAGGUUGGAGAUAAACCAAUAAGCUUUGAAGUAUCUGUUGGGAACUUUGGAAAUGUGAUUGACGGAGUGUCAUCUGGAGCCAGGGGGAAAAAGAAGACCCCUGAAGGAGAAGAAGAAGGCGCCCCUUUGUUGCAAGAAGGAACAGGAGAAGAUUCACCAGAUGUUGCAAUGCCUCUGAUAUCUACCACAUCUCCUGAAAAGCCAUUAAUUACAGAAGGAAACAGAAACUACCUAUACUUGCCAUACGGUGAGAAGAAGCCUUGUGUUUAUGUCAAGAGCUUUUGGGGGACUCAAACCUUUAGGCUGUAUUUCUCAAAUACCCUGGAAAAAAUGGGAGAUCUCUUGGAAGAAGGUUUGGAGCAAGUGAAAGAUCUCAUUAAAGUUUCUGAAGUUGCAUCAGAAGAGAAAAUAAAGUCGACUCUGAGUGAUUUUAUCAAGCAAAGUAGGGCCUUUAUCACAAAUGCUGAAAAAAAGCCCAAACUCUUGAAUCGGACAGCUUUGGAUAAAAAAAGAUUGAAACUGUGCAAGCAAGAACUGGAAGCCAUGUCGAGGGAUGCUAAAGGGAUUCUCCAGCAGCAAAAAAAGAAGAUUUCGCUAGAUGAAAUGAUGCGUGAAACACAAAAAUUUAUAGAGAGGAUUCGGUUCUUAAUUGACGAGCCUCAACAUACAGUGCCUGACAUCUUCAUCUGGAUGCUUAGCAACCACAAAAGAAUCGCCUAUACAAGAAUCCCAGCCAAAGACGUGCUGUAUUCCCCUGUGAAGGGGCAGCGGGGCAAACAUUGCGGGAAGAUUAAAACCCACUUUUUGAAAUUGCCAGGAAAAAGGUCUCCAGGUUGGAACGUCCAUGGAAAAGUGGACACUUAUCUCUGGCUUGGCUCUAGUAACUACGCCCAUGCUAUUUUCGACAACUUACCAGUUGGAUAUGAAGCAGAAGCACCUUUGGCAGAAAGCACAGGAUCCCAUCCUACUCCGUAUCCUGCCAGUCUGAUCUACAAAACCAAGAAUAUUUUUCAACUGAGAGCUCACAUGUAUCAAGCAAGAGGAUUAAUUGCAGCAGAUAGCAGCGGCCUCUCGGAUCCUUUUGCUAAAGUGACUUUUGUUUCACACUGCCAGACCACAAAGGGAAAAUCAGAAUAUAUCGGUGCAACUGUGGCUGCUCCAGUAACUAGGCUGGUGGAGGACAAAUAUGAACCCCCAAAACUUAGUUACCACCCUCUCUACUGUGGCAGUCUUUCAGGGGGAGAUCUUCUGGCUGCAUUUGAACUGCUUCAGGUUCCUGAUUCUGGCCCAGAAAACCUUCCACCUCUUGAUCCUCCAGAUGCCAGUCUAAUCUAUGCAGUCCCAGCCAAUAUACGGCCUGUAUUAAGUAAAUAUAGAGUAGAACUUCACCUGCUCCAGCACAACCUCACAUAAGUCAACUUCCAUCACUUCCAUCAGAUCACAUUUAUGUUGAUGUGGAACACGGAGAGCCUCAUUUAGCCUUCCCCAAACCUGAAGCAGCAGAAGUACAUAUUCCCGUAUCACCCCCGCUGCUACCACCAGCUCCUUCACGGAAACAUUCAUUAGCCUCUUCCUCUAGACCUUUGAAAGAUGGAAGAUUGAAAGACCGCAAAAAAUCAAUUUACCGCUCUACCAAGAGAAAAAAGAGAACUGUCGCUGAUGAAUCUGCUGAAAAUGUCAUCGAUUGGUGGUCAAAGUAUUAUGCUUCAAUACAAAAAGUACAGAAGGCAAAAGUCUUCGAUUUCAGUGAUGGAAAACCAGGAACAUGUCUAUGAUGGCGAUUUGGAGAGCGAGUUCAACAAUUUUGAAGACUGGGUAAAAACAUUUGAACUCCUUCGAGGCAAAAUUACUGAGGACGAUCAUACUGAUUUUGAAGACAGGAUUGUCGGGAAAUUUAAGGGCUGCUUCUGCAUAUACAAAACUCCUGAAGACUCUUCCUCAGGCGACGGAGGUCCUCUGAGAAUUCUGCAAGGCCUACCCCCAAAUCACUCAGUGAAUGUUCUAAUCAGAGUAUAUAUUGUGGCCGCCUUUAAUCUUAGUCCUGCUGACCCGGAUGGUAAAUCUGAUCCAUAUAUUGUACUGAAAUUGGGGGAAACCCAAAUUAAGGACCGAGACAGAUACAUUCCAAAGCAACUAAAUCCCAUCUUUGGUCGGUCAUUUGAAAUUCAGGCAACUUUCCCUAAAGAAUCCUUGCUUUCAGUUCUGAUCUAUGACUAUGAUUUGAUUGGUUCAGAUGACCUCAUUGGAGAAACUAAAAUUGAUCUGGAAAACCGUUUCUACAGCAGGCACAGGGCUACUUGCGGAUUACAAAGCCAAUAUGAAAUUGAAGGAUACAACGCUUGGAGAGAUGCCCUCAAGCCAACUGAAAUCUUGAGCAAGUUAUGCAAAGAUAACAAACUGAAUGAGCCGAUCAUGCAACCUGGAAAGAUACAAAUAGGGAGCAAGAUCUUUACAGGACAGACUGUCUUUCAGGAAGAUGAAAAUGAGGGGGAGCCAGUAGAAUCGUAUGAACACCUUGCUUUGAAAGUUUUGCGUUCUUGGAAUGAAAUUCCAGAGGUUGGAUGUAAGUUGGUGCCCGAUCACAUUGAGACAAGGCCUCUUUAUCACAAAGACAAGCCUGGCAUGGAACAGGGUCGUGUGCAGAUGUGGGUGGAUAUAUUUCCUAAAGAUAUGCCUCUUCCCGGCCCUCCGGUUGACAUUUCACCUAGAAAGCCCAAAGGGCUCUCUCGAAAUGAACUUGAAUGGCUUUUCUCGAGCAGCCAAAUCUGCCAAGCGUUGUGACAUGAGCACCAUAACAGAAAAGGAAGAGAACAAAAUUUCCAUAUUUCAGCAGAAGCGGAUCAGAGGCUGGUGGCCUUUCAGCAAAGCUGGAGAACUCACGGGCAAAGUGGAAGCUGAGUUUCAUUUAGUGACGGCCGAGGAGGCUGAAAAAAAUCCAGUCGGCAAAGCUCGGAAAGAACCAGAGCCUCUGGAAAAACCCAACCGGCCCGACACAUCCUUCUCCUGGUUUGUGAAUCCUUUCAAGUGUUUGUAUUAUCUGAUCUGGAGAAAUUACAAGAAAUACAUCAUUAUUGGCCUAAUCCUAAUUAUCUUAGUUAUCUUCUUAGUACUCUUCAUCUACACACUGCCUGGAGCCAUCAGUCGUAGGAUUGUUAUAGGAACUUAGAAAGAAUCCCUCGUCGAUGCAUUUUAUUAAAAUCAAAGUAAAUGAAGACUUCGCUUUUAUUCAUGCUAAGAGCAUCCUCUAAAUCAAAGUUGUCCGGCCUUGGCAACUUUAAGACUUGUGGACUUCGACUCCCAGUAUUCCCCAGCCAGCAAGAUUGGACACCUGUGUUCUA